UUGGUCGCACGUAUUUUGUAUUUAUUUAUGUUUAUAUUGCAUAUGACUGUCAAAAUUUCAUUCGACACGUGAACCGACGGCUUGCGUGCACUGUUCGAGUGAUUCGAACGAUGGUUUCACGGUGUUUUUGAACGGGACUUGGACGAAUUCACGAGUGCAGAUAGUACCCAACGUGUCUUUUUUAUUUCUUCCACAUUUUCGUGUGAUUGUGAAAUAAUAGUUCACCUUAAAAUUCGGUAAUGUCGCUGAAGAAGUAAUGACCAGCGACAGCAACAGCAACGUUAGUCGUCGCAACGUAAAAUGUUACGGGAACUGAAUCGAACAGUAAGAAUUUUCUACCUAGUAAACAGUAUUUGAUUUAAACGUAGGGGGUUAAAUAGGAUGGGUGUAAGUGGCAUAACGGAUAGAAGGAAGUGUGUUUGUGAGACAUAAUGUGUUGUGCGGGUCACCCCAUUGCCUAUGAUCAGCCCGAAAGCUAAAAGAAGCUGCUGGAACCGUUUGCUCGGUGACGAUGGCAUCCAUGGGGCCAUCAGAAUCGUCACCUACGGAAACUGCAGAUCGAGAAAGACAUCAAUCGGAUUUGUACACGAGACCCGGAUGGGUAGAUGCGGACAUCGCUUUAGGACAACUGGACCAGGGCAAGGCGAACGGAGACCGUGGCAUUCUGUGGGUUCGUGGCCGAAUUCAAAGGCAGCUGCAUUCGCUGGGCGGCAUCCUGGACGGCCAUGCCGGCAAGUUCCUGUUCGUCAGUUUUCUGGCGAUCGCCACCUUCUCGGUCGGCCUGAAGAGCAUGACAUUUCAUUCCGACAUCGAACUAUUAUGGGCCGAGCCGUCGACGAAUCCGGACUCGUCGCCGCCGGAAAUGCUGUCCACCCAUCAAAUGGUCGUGCAGACCGGGAUCGAUGAGGACGUUAAUCUGCUGCAUCCGCACGGUCUGCUGGAACAUUUGGCGUUGGUGCAGCGGGCCACGCAGGUCACCAUCACCAUGUACGACAUCACCUGGCGGCUGAAGGACCUGUGCCAGUCGCCCAGCAUUCCCAACAUCGAUAUUUACAAUAUCGAGACGAUUUUCGAGAAAAUGAUGCCCUGCUCGAUAGUCACUCCAUUGGAUUGCUUUUGGGAAGGUUCAAAGCUGUUGGGGCCACCCUUUCCCGUCCAUAUACCAACGAUACCAACAAGCGACGAGCUGAAAUGGACGAACCUCAAUCCGAUGAAGCUGCUCAACAUGCUGAAGAAGAAGGACCUCCAGUUCGACUACCACCUGCUCGAAGACUAUUUGAAGCGUGCAGGCAUCACCACCGGCUUCCAGGAGAAGCCGUGCCUCAAUCCCCAGGACCCGGAGUGUCCGGAGACGGCGCCAAACUUCAACACCACCCAACCGAUGGACGUUGGUGCUGAACUGACCAGCGGUUGUUACGGUUUCGCCGCCAAGUACAUGCACUGGCCCGAGGACUUAAUUGUGGGUGGUGCACAGAAAAACAAAUCUGGUCAUAUAAAACAAGCCAAAGCUUUACAAACCGUUGUACAAUUAAUGGGGGAGCAUGAGUUUUACGAGUAUUGGUCCGGCCAUUACAAAGUGCAUCAUGCUGGGUGGAAUCCAGAUAAGGCCACCGCUGUUUUAAAUGCUUGGCAGAAGAAAUUUGCGCAGGAAGUGGUCCGUUUGUCCAAAAGCAAAGAGUCCUCCACCUCCUACUUGUUCCACACGUUUUCAACUGCUAACUUAAACAUGAUACUUAAGGAGCAUUCUAAGACUGAUUUGAUUAAACUGGGAAUAGUAUUAGCUGUAGUUGCUUUAUACAGUUGGGUAGCCCAAUCCGGAAUAGCAGUAUUCGGUGUUAUAGUAUUAGCUAGUUCAGCGACAGCUGCCCUAGGAGUCUGUAGUCUGAUAGGUCUUCCAAUGAAUCUACUUAGUACACAAGUAUUACCCUUCAUAACCGUGGGUCUGGCCAUGAGAGAGAUGUUCCUCAUACUAUCGACCCAGGCGGAACGGAAUCUCACACCUUCCGAAGUGCUGCAACGCACUGGUCCAAAUAUAAUUUCCUCAGCUUUAAUUAACUCUGCGGCCUUCGCCGCAGCUGCCAUUUUACCAGUUCCUGCUUUAAGGGUGUUCUGCCUUCAAUGUGGAGUGUUGAUAAUCUUCCAUUGUGCAGCUCUCAUCAUCGUAUUUCCUUCGCUCCUGGCGUUGCGUCAAAGAUGCUGCAAGGGCGACGUACCUUGCUUCAAGUCGGAGGUGCGGACCAAAGCCAAUCAUCCUAUCAACAACAACAAUGAUCCGGAACACGGUGCCAACUUACUCAGGGGAGAUAUCGACUGCAAGAAGAAGGCCAACAUUUUCUGGCUCAUAAACCGUUACCUGACCCUCUUGCUGCUCAAACCGUUCGUGAAAGUGCUGCUCUGCCUGACGUACGUCGUCUUAAUCAUCUUCUGCGUCUUCAACGGCUCCAAAUUGGAAUUCGACGUGAGGAUCUCGACGUUUUUGCCGAAGAACACGCAAGAGUACAAAUACCUCGAGGCCCAGAACAAGUACUUCGGAUUCUACAACUUCUACUUGGUGACCACCGAGUUGGAGUAUCCGUUGCAGCAACCGCUUCUGUACGAGUACCACUCGUCGUUGACCAACAUACCGCACGUGCUGAAGGACUCCAACGGCGGGCUGAACAUGAACGACUUCUGGCUGUCGAACUUCCGGGAGUUCCUCACCGAUCUUCAGGAGGAGUUCGACAGGAACAGGAAUUUGAGCUGCGUUACCAGUGAAAAAUGGUUCCCCAAUGCGACUGAAAAGGCGGUUCUGGCUUUCAAGCUGUUAGCUCAGACGGGGGUGGUGGAAUAUCCGGUGGACAAAAGUCAGAUACUUAAAAAGAGACUGGUCAAAAACAACAUAAUAGAUCCGAAGGCGUUUUACAACUAUCUGACUGUUUGGAACAGUAACGACCAAAUAUCUUAUACCAGUUCGCAGGCCAAUCUAAUACCAAAACCGUUCUCGUUCUUCAGCUCAAAGACUGAAUAUGAUUUGAAGAUUCCAAAGUCGCACCCUUUGGUGUACACACAAAUGCCAUUUUACCUUAAGAACUUGAAGAACACCCAGGACAUUGUGACAACGUUGAAGCAAAUCAAGGACAUAAGUGAGGAAUUCAACAGCAAAGGACUGAAAAACUACCCGGUGGGAUUGAUAUUCGCUUACUUCAACCAGUUCUUGCUGCUGGAUAGACUGCUGGCGGCCCAGUUUAUCCUAACAAUGAUGGCCGCAGCCCUAGUAGCAUCCAUUUCGAUACAAUGGACCAAACUGCUUUGUCCAUUGUUCAGUGCCUUGACCAGUUUGUUGUUGAUGUGCCUUGUUGACGUAAAUGCUUUAAGUGGAACAUUGGGUGCCUUGCACUUCAUCAUAAUAAGCAGGAACAUUCUAUUAAUCAUGACUAGCUUUUUGUGUGCGAUUGGUAGCAGAGAAAGAAGAUUGAGGAUGUCCUUGGAAGUGACAACCGAGGCCAUCAUUAAAGGAGACAUCGGUCUUCUAGUAUGCACCGCAGUAUUAGUCACCUCGCACUUCGAAUUCAUAGAGCAGCACCUCUUCACAUCCAUCGUCGUGUCCGUCGGAGGGUCCCUGCUGAAUUCGCUGAUUUUCUUCCCACUGUUGCUCACCAUUCUAGGCCCCAAGCCCGAGUUGGAGCCCUUGGAGCACACCGACCGCAUCUCCACGCCUCCACCGCCAGUUCUGCCACACCAGACGGUGAUCACCGAGCGCAAUUCCAGGAACAGCACCAACUCCAGUUACUCCAGACCCACGAGAAGGACGACGUCGCAUUCGAAGGCCACACGCGAGCCGAGCCUGACCACCAUCACCGAGGAGAGCUGUAACCAAAGCAUCGUGGUCGAGCCCCAAGUGACCGUCGAGUACAGCAGCCCCGAGUCCAGUUCCAGCGGCCAGUACACCACCAAGGUGACGGCGACCGCAAACAUUAAAGUGGAACUGGUGGCGCCCGUAUACAGAUCGUCGAAAUGUGGCAAGUGUCAUAGGUCAAACAAAUGCUUUACGAACAGGAGGAACAGCAAUAGUCAGAGAUCGAAUCCGGCCGGCGUUCAUCAACGUUGUCGUUGUUGUAAACAAGACUCUACCGAUAGUAGUGAUAGCAGUUUAGAGACUGAUACUACCGAGGCUGAAACAUGCCGUGCUAGCAGCUAGCAUCCUCUGCGUCUGUUUUCAUUUUGGACUUGUUAAGCUUUAUUCACACCUUAAAAGAAAAUUCAAUGGUUUUUUUUGUACUAUGGUAACGUUUGGCAUGUUUUAGUUUCAGUUUAUGGGUGUGUGUAGGGCCUGACAAUUCUUUACCAUUUUCUUGGCUAUAUGUCUUUUUUGUUAAUAUUGAUGAUGUUGUUACCAUGUAAGGAUCAAAUAAAAUCCAUGUAAAAUAGUAUGUUUGUUUAUAUUGCAUAUAUGUAUACCAUUCACUUAUUUAUUAAAAGACAAUGUAAGAUAGUAUAGUGUAUAAUUUUAAAAAUAUAUGUCAACGGUAUUAUUUAUAUUAUUUUUAAGUAAAAAAAUAUUUUGACAAUCA